AUGUCGACCGGCCCUGACAACAUCGGGUAUCCCAUGAUUCAGCGACUCCCGUUCUCCGUUAAAUCAGCUUUGCUGGAGCUCCUAAACAGAGUGUGGCGAAAUAGUGAGUUUCCUAUUAGCUGGCGGACCGGCACUAUCGUACCCAUCCCAAAACCGAACACGCAUGACUCGGGUCCCGCAGCUUUCCGACCUAUUACGCUGACAAGCUGCUUGGCAAAAAUAUUUGAGCGAAUGGUGAAUCGUCGUUUAACCACCGAACUCGAACAAAAAAAUUGCCUCGAUAGGCGACAACACGCAUUCCGUGCCGGAUGCGGCACAGAUACAUACUUUGCAGAGCUGGAGAGAUCACUGCCAAACAACGAUGAACACUGUCUGAUGGCAUCUCUAGACCUAUCCAAAGCCUAUGACACCACAUGGCGAUACGGCAUCCUGCGUACGCUGAAAAAAUGGCGGAUCCGAGGACGAAUGCUGAAUAUGAUGCGAAGCUUUUUAUCUCAAAGGUCAUUCCAAGUAACCGUAGAAGGACAGCUGUCCCGUGUACAUAACCUAGAAAAUGGAGUUCCCCAGGGCUCGGUGUUAUCUGUUACGCUGUUUCUCGUUGCUAUGCAACCCGUCUUCCGAGUAAUACCUUCUGGGGUCACUGUUCUCUUGUACGCAGACGAUAUCCUGCUCGUGGUGAAAGCGCAUAAAGACCGGCCAUUAUACAGGAAGUUGCAAGCAGCUGUGAAAGCCGUCGAUAAAUGGGCGAAAAGUGUCGGCUUCACAAUCUCUGCAGCCAAAUCCAGCACCUUCUACGGAAGUCCAAAUGUGCGAAGAGAACCCGUCAGCGAUAUCACCAUUGAGCGAGUACCUAUACCAAAAACAAACGUGCUGAAAAUUCUUGGCGUUAUGUUAGAUCGAAGCUUCAGAUUCAGUACACAAUGUAGGCUUACUAAAAAGAUGUGCGAUCUAAGGCUUAGAAUCCUGAAAAUUCUCGGAGCAAAACUUAACCGUGGACACCGUAUCUCGCUGCUGAAAAUUGGAUCAGCUAUCGUCACAUCCAGGCUUCUCUAUGGUGUGGGCCUAAUAACAAGAGGUAACCAAACUGCAAUACAGACACUAGCGCCAGUAUACAAUCGCAUGAUAAGACUCGCGUCGGGGGCAUUCGUUACCAGUCCUAUUCAUUCAAUUUUGGCAGAAGCAGGUACUUUACCAUUCAACCUGCUUGUGUUGCAAAGCACAGUUCGAACCGCAAUACGCAUCCUAGAGAAGGACUCCAGAAAUACAGAUCUACCUUUAGUUGAGCGAGCUAGAGAACAACUGCUAGAUACGACCGGGGAAACAAUCCCAACGAUAUGUCUGCGAGAGAGAUUAAAUACCCGUGCAUGGAAUACCCCUCCCCCAUCUGUUGUGUGGGACAUCAAGCGAAGAGUAAGAGCUGGAGCCUCUUCCAGUACAGUACGUCCCCUAGUACAAGAGCUGCUGUCAAACCGUUUCCAACGAUAUACGGCCCUUUACACGGAUGGUUCAAAGUGCAGCGAGACAGUAGGCGCAGGACUUUUUGGCAACGAUCUGAUGCUCUCAGCUAGCCUUCCUCCACAGUACAGUGUUUUUUCGGCAGAGGCCUAUGCCAUCACAAUGGCACUGACACAGCAUACUGGUACAAAUCGUAUAGUAGUUCUAUCUGACUCUGCGAGCUGUCUGUCGGCACUCGAAGCUGGCAAAUCAACGCACCCGUGGAUUCAGAAAAUAGAAAGAUUAGCACAGAAUAAACCGAUUGAAUUUUGCUGGAUCCCGGGUCACGCUGGAGUCUACGGCAAUAUUGAAGCAGACCGAUUAGCUGGUGAAGCAAGAAACAGCGAACCACUACCACUAUCGAUCCCAGCAGACGAUGCAACAAGAGAAAUUAAACGUACAAUUCGACAACACUGGAACAGCCAGUGGUUCUCUAUGCGCGAUACUAAACUACGACGAAUCAAAUUUGAAACUGAAAAAUGGAAAGAUCGUGACAACCCUGGCGACCAACGUGUCCUGACUCGACUCAGGAUCGGACACACGAGACUGACCCACAGCUUUCUCCUAGAAAAAACAGAACCACCAACAUGCGAAUGCUGUGGAACUAUGCUCGACAUCCAACACAUUCUCUUAGACUGCAGAAGGUAUGAUGACGCAAGGCGAAAACAUGAGAUGGAUGGAAUGACGCUUAGAAGAGCCCUCAAUAAUGACAGCGCAACAGAAGAAAAAGUGAUCAAAUACAUGAAAGACUGUAAUUUGUAUAACAAAGUGUAA